AUGGAGGCCACAAAGGUCAACCUCAAUGUCUCCGACUAUUCUGUCCACCAGACAACUCUGGAGCAGGUCUUCUUGACCUUCACAAGGUCACAAGUCACGCCUAAAGAAGAGGAGAAAUUCAGUGAGUUGACCAAGAUCUUCUGCUGCUGU